ACGGGGGGGAGAGUCCCGGAUGUUGGCUCGGCCGCCGAGAGAAAGGCGAACGGGAGAAGGCGGAGAGUAGCUGAAGAGGGACACCACGGCACCGCGGGCUCACCGGUGAAGCUAAGGCUACAGCGCUUCUUUUGCACAGGACGGUAACGUCAAGAACACAGGACCCUCCUGGGGAGCCCCUGCGAGCUGAAGAAGAAGAAGAAGAAGAGAAGGUGGAAGGAAGGGGAGGGGGCAGUUACUCUCAAACUACCGACAGGAUUUAACAGACAGCCGCCGUCACAGCAAGCUUUCACCCAGAAGUUGACCUACGGAGGACAUCAUGCUGAUGAGCUGAGGGAGCCUUCAUCCUCAAGCUGUCACUCGUCUCUGUUUGUUAUUCCGCACCUGGUCCACUCUCCAUCAGUCACCGAGCGCCAACAGCAACCACCACCACCUCCACCUUUUCCCCGCCCCCCUCCGGCCCAGCCUGCCGUCACCAUGACGUCGGAGCUGGAGAGCAGCCUGACCUCCAUGGAUUGGCUUCCUCAGCUGACCAUGCAGGCGGCCAUCCGCAAGGCGGACGCCCAGAAUGCCCACGGGCCAGGCAUGGGCAAGAAGAGCGCCAUGCUGGAUCCUAACACCACGCUGGACCAGGAGGAGGUGCAGCAACACAAGGACGGCAAGCCGCCCUACAGCUACGCCAGCCUCAUCACGUUCGCCAUCAACAGCUCGCCAAAGAAGAAGAUGACACUGAGCGAGAUCUACCAGUGGAUCUGUGAUAACUUUCCCUACUACAGGGAGGCGGGCAGCGGCUGGAAGAACUCAAUACGGCACAAUCUGUCAUUGAACAAGUGUUUUCUCAAAGUGCCUCGCUCCAAAGAUGACCCCGGAAAGGGCUCUUACUGGGCCAUUGACACCAACCCGAAGGAGGACGCCUUGCCUACACGGCCAAAGAAGAGGCCGCGGUCUGGAGAGCGGGCUUCUACGCCGUACAGCCUGGAGUCGGAGUCUUUGGGGAUGGAGUGUAUGAUCUCUGGAAGUGCCUCUCCAACACUGGCAAUCAACACUGUGACUAACAAGGUGGCGUUGUACAACACAGACCAGGAAGGGAGCGAUAGUCCAAGAAGCAGCCUUAACAACAGCCUGUCGGAUCAGAGUCUGGCCUCCGUCAAUCUCAACAGUGUGGGCAGCGUGCACAGCUAUACACCGGUGACCACUCACCCAGAGCCCGUGUCCCAGGCCAUGAGCCUGCAGCAGCCCCCCCAGUCCCAGUACAACAUGCCAGACAGGGACAAGCAGCUCCUGUUCUCCGAAUUUGAAGAUCUCAGUGCCUCUUUCCGCAGCCUUUACAAGUCUGUUUUUGAGCAGUCCUUCAGCCAACAAGGUCUGAUGGGCAUACAGUCAGAUUCCUCCCAGCAGACCCACACCUCCUGCUCCUAUCAGCACUCCCCCGGCGGCAACAUUAGCACUCAGAACAGCCUCUCAAACAACCAACCCAACAACAGCCACUCCGCCAACAGUGGCCAGGUGCCCCUGUCCCACCCUGCCCAGGCCCACCCUGGCCACGGCUCGCCCCACGCACAGCACCUCCCGCAGCACGGCGGCCCCCACACCCAACACAGCCAACACGCCCAGCACAGCCAACACAGUCAGCUCCCCCAGCACCCCCAGCACGGGCAGCACCCAUCGCAGCACCCGUCCCACGGCCAGCACCCACAGCAACACACGCCACACCCCUCCCAACACACGCAGCACAGCCAGCACCCACCGCAGCACGGGCAGCAGCACCCGAGCCUCUCCCUCCAGCCCCAUCCUACCCAGCAACAGAUGGCCUGCAACCCAGGUUUACUGUCUGACUGGUACCCAAAUCUGGAUGCACUGAAAGAAAGCUGUCGUAUUGCUAGCAGCUAUAACUGGGCUGAUGUCGACCUUUCACCUUUCCAAGGGUUGAGAGACAGUAUGAGACAAGCGGAGUUGAACAAUUGGUCCCUGGAGCCCACCCAGAUCGCCGACCUCUGCUCGUCCAUCAACCAGUUCUUUGCCCGCACCGGUGUAAUCCAGCCACAGGGGGCAGUGCAGCCUCCUGUCUGUCACGGCUCCAUGCACCCCAACAAACCCAGCCAGCACCUCAACACAGGAAAUAUCUACAUGGACACCAGACAGAGCAUGUCCAUGAUGGGUCCUCCAGGAUAUCCCCACAUGACCCCUAUGAGCGGCACAGGACCCACAAUGACAGGACACCAUGCACAGAUGAACCAGCAGCACAUGAUACCUACCAGAAACUUCCAGAUGCAUCGCAUGCCAGCUGAUGACAUCCAGGACGACUUUGAUUGGGACUCCAUCGUUUAGCCCCCUAAAAUCUCCUUUCUGCAAAACAAAAGGGAGCGAGGAGAGGAGUUGGAGGCCAGAGGAAGCCAGGCUGAGCUGAGAGGCCGCAGGAGGAGGAGGCCGCUGUGGGUGGGAGGCAGAAGAACGUUUGACAAGCUUAAGAGACAGACAGACUUCACAGCCCUGACAUUUCUACGAAAAGCAAAACAUACCUAGAAAAAGUUACUUUGAAGACAAUCAUAUUCAGUUGGACAUGUUAAAGUGAUUGCUUAUGUACUUGUCUAGAGACGAGUAGAACAUAUUGACGUCCAAACCACUCGCUCCUCAGCUCCUCAGCCGGCCCUCCCCCCGUCCCUCGCCAGCAGCCUUCCAAAGUCCGAACCCCUCUCCCCCCCGACCCCCUGCUCCGUAACUGUUAUGUGAUUUGAGCGACGUGUUCAGCUUGUAAUUCUUCUCGUGUUGACAUUGGCCUCCGCUGCCUCUUGGAUGAGUUUAUCUCUUUUAUUUUUUAAAAACAAUUUAGUUUUGUUUCUUUUGUUUUUAAGAAACACAGGCCGUCUCUGUGAGUAAUGUGAUGGUCACUUUUGGGAGAAAGUGGGCCCCACUGUGGCUGAGUUGGUGGAAAAGUGAGGUUUACAAUAACUUUGAACAGGGUGUUAAAUGUUUAAGCAGGCUUGAUAUUAUACAAACCGAGAGAGGAGGUGAGAGGGAGAUCACAGAAAGUAUGGUGAUCUGUUUUCAAAGCCAACCAUCGUGAUAAGGCUCACUGCAACAGACCAUGAGAGUACAACAGCUUUUUCUUUUUUGAACUUGUUCAAGCACUUCAAGGCGCGUGAGAAUGAUGAGUGAGAAGGUGAAGCAGGGAAGUCAAAUAUCUUUUUUAAUUCACUCCACCCAAAGUAACAUGUCGGGUCUCUGUGUGCAUCGUGUCGGAAAAUAAUUGCUUUACCUAUCAGAAACUGUUUUAGCGUGAACAAAAUGCACGUUUUAUGGUAAAGUUGACUUUAAGGUGACUAUUCUAUUGAUCAUUACACAAGCCACCAUCGUUCAGAGACAAUGAAAGUAGAUUUGGACGUAUUGGUAAUGCUAACAUCAACCGCUUAUCACAAAUACUUCGAUAUUAGCAUUUAUGUCUGCUAAUAAGUACAAGCUGGUUUUCAAACAGUUUGCACCGCUCAGCAUGUAUCAUGGCGACAGUUUCACAGACACUUUAAUGUUAAAAAACUAACAAUGGCCAAUAUAUCAUUAUGUUAUUAUGUAUCAUAGUAAACAUAUAGUCAUUUGGGGAGUAAUAUGACAAGAUUGUUUGGUAGAUACACUUCUCAGGAUUAAACGGCUGAACUGGCUCUGACUGAAGCUAACACAUUAUAUCUCCAAAAACUGAACGGUUUGACGUUUACGGGGGGGGGAUGUGCUGGACUAUAUUUCAGAUGGUUGCUAUGAUGACUCCCUGGAGAUAUAAUGUGGUCAUUUCUUAACUUUAAUGUUUCUGGUUGGCUGAUUCUGCGUUAGCGCUAGACAGAGCCAUGCUAGCUGCUUCUCUGUGUCCUGUUCCUCCAGACGUGAGAUUGGUUUAGAGCUAAUCUUCUAACUACCCAAGAAAGCAUAUAAACAUAAUUUCUAUAAUGCCAAACUAUUAGUUUAAACAAUUGUGUAAAAUUGUAUACGAACCAUGUUAUAAUUGUUUUAACUAGUGAGAGAAACAAGGAAAAGUAAUGAGCCUGAAUGCAAUUUUUAGAGUUCUGGUUUUCAGCCUUGCCGAUUUGAAACAUUGCUAGUGGACAAAUAAAAUGUGUUUGUAUAAAGACUAAUGAAGGGUGGUGAAGCUUCUUAAACGUGCCAUUAUUGGAUUGAUUAAUGAUCAAUAGAAUAUGCAUCAAAUGGUGUUUCCAUUUGUAAAAGGUAAAACAAAAAAAACAUUAUUUACCGAACUCUCCUUUUUUAAUAAAUGCAAUCCAAAUCCACCUAUCGCACAUCAAAGCGAUAUUUCGAUGCUACACGUGUUCAUUGUCACUCCUGACAUUCAAAUGACAUAGAUACGAAUCUUUCAACUGCCCUGUGUUUUGUUGUGAUGGUUCGAUAGCGUCAGAAUUUGCUAUUAUACAAUCAUAACAUAAUGAGAAAUGUGACUCAUACAAUGUGUGUGUGUGCGUGUGUGUUGGUUGAACAUAUGGUGUGUGUGGGUGUUUUGGUUUUAUUGUCAUUCUAGGGCUAUGAUUGAUUGCUGCAAUCAUCUCUAUGCUAUCUACGAGCACAAAAGCAGAUGCACACAGUGAUUAAAGAAGAGAUUUCAGACAUGCUUUUUUGUGGGAAGGGUUUCCAAAGCACAGAACAGGGAGAUCCGCGGUUCUGGAAACCUGUCCUCUGCGUCCUGAAACAAGUGGCUCCUCAAUCAGACAGGUGCUGAACCUUAGAGACACUAUGUUAAAACGAGCCCUUUGCACACUUACACUUUCUGUUGAUCCGUUUCUAAGAUGCAAAGCACCUCUGGAUCUCAACGCUAUCUGACCCUACAGUUGACAAUAAACAGGAUUCUUCCUCCUCUAUUCUAUACUGGUAAACAUGUACAAGAUGGUGCUUUGUAUCUACUACACCUUAUUGAAAGGAUUAGUUUCACAUUCUGGGAUGUUUUUUGAAGCUACAGCCAGCAGACUGUCAGCAUUAGAACUGGAAACGUUGGGAAAUGAGCUAGUGUGACUCUAUAGGUAGCGAAAUAUGCCUGCAACCUCACCAAAACGAUUUACUUAACACGUAUUAUCAUGUGAUUAUCUGUUUGAAAAAGACAAAACAAAAACGUUUUACAGUAGGUUAUGUGUUGGACUAUUUAAUGUCCACUUGCAGUAACUUCCUGGAGUUGUAAAAUGUUAAUUACUGAGUUUUCGAGGUAGAUUCCUGUCUGACAGAGACAGGCUGGCUGUUCCCUUUGUUUCCAGAUUUUAAGCUAAGCUAAGCUAACUGUCUACUGUUUGUAGCUUCAUAUUCUAAAUACAGACACCAGUGCGGUUUUUCCAUAUUUACCAAAAUGUCUAACUAUUCCUAUAAAGAUAAUUUCCCAGCUAGGGACUCCAGCAACAACGUUUAGGUUUUUAUUUCAUAUUUUGAAUGACAAUCAUGGAUUCUUUUUCUAUGAUAUUACACAAUGUCUUUGUUAUUGUGAGAAAAGGCAUGUUCAAAUCUCACACGGUUGUUUUAUUGGAUAUUAUAGAACCAGAUGUUUUUACAUUUGAACACAGAAGGUUAUUUGAAACUAGAACCAGCCCAGUUUUAUAUUGUCGGUCUUCUGUUAAACUGUCCACAGCUGCACUGUGCGGAUGAAGUCAAGUUCUCUUCUUUCAACUGAUGAUACUGCCAUUCAUUUUUAUAUUUUCCUGCCAAUCAUACAGUGACUGUCCACUCCUGCUACUUUCUGCUCUGUUUUGUCUGUCUUUGUAUAUCAAAUGUCCGCCUGUGGAUCUCAACUAUGAGUUUUGUUCAACUGCCAGAAUUUCCUCAUUAGUGCUCAGACAAAAUACUUCAGUCCGUUAAAUGACCCAAAUCAUAGCUCCUUUAGUCGAGUGGCCCCCACUCGACUAAAGGAGCUAUGAUUUGCCACUGAAGACAGCCGUGAAAAAACAUCAAUUCGUGUUUUCCUUAGGACUCUUUGGACGGACAGUAGAGAGCGUCCUGUGAGUCCUUGGUUGGUGUGAAGUGUGUUUCAGUUCCUCCAGGUGAAGAUCGUGAAAACGCACAGAAGCUACUGUUUGACCACAGCAGCACAUUGGGAAAACAAAAAUAUUUUAGUGAACGGAUGUGGCUAAAAGGGAAAAAGGUGAAGACAAUGACUGGAUCACAAUCACAAUGUUAUGUCUAUAUGUGUGUGCGUGUGUGUGCUUGUGUGAGAUUUAGUUGUUUUUCAAAAGACAAUUUAAGUUUUUAAAAACCGCUGGACAUGUACCUGCCAGAGAGAUUACAAUUAUUGGGAAAAAA